AUGAGCAGCAAACAGGAUGUAGAUCUUUAUGAAAUCCUAGGAGUUAACAGACGAGCUGGCAUCAAGGAGAUCACCAAAGCUUAUCGAAUUUUGGCGCUGAAGUACCAUCCAGAUAAGUUUUUAACAAACUUCAAGAAAUCUGGUGAUGCUAAGGAUUCAAAGGAUGCUACGAAUCAAGAGCAGAAUGGUGUGGCUGUGUCAUCUGAAGUUGUGAUAGGUAGUGGAAACACAGCUAAAACGGAGAAUCAGAAUAACGGAAAUGGUGUAAAUUCCGGAAAUUCUGAAAAUGCUGAGAAGGCUGAACAGUCUGAAAAGAUUGAAAAGGUUGAAAAGGCUGAAAAGGUUGAAAAGGCUGAACAGUCUGAAAAUUCUGGAAAUUCAGAAAAUUCUGGAAACUUAGAAAAUGCUGGAAACUCAGAAAAUUUUGGAAACUCAGAAAUUUCUGAAAAUUCAGAAAGUGCUGAACGUUCUAGAAUUCCUGAAGAUUGUCCGACUCCUGAAAAUACACCUAACUCUGAAAAUUCUGUAAAUGUUGCAAAUUCAGAAUUUGCUGAGAAUCACGUAGUUGUUGUUGAAGAGUUGAAGGAUCAAGAAAGGAAUCAAGAAGAAGGUAGCACAAACUGUAGUAAUGUCGCUGAAGAAGAGAUGACAUUAGAGAAAUGUAAGGAAAUGUUCUUACAAAUACAGAAGGCAUACGAAAUAUUGAAGAAUCCUGUAUUAAGAGAGAAUUAUGAUUUUUAUGGUUUAGAUAAGGACUUGGAUGAAUUCCAAACUUAUUAUGAACCAAGAUUAUUUCAUUCUCGUAUUAAUGUCAAGGACAUUCAGAAAUAUGAGAGUUUUUACAAAGGUAGUGCUGAAGAGAAAGAAGACUUGAUGUAUUUCUAUGAAAGGUUUCAUGGUGAUUUGAACAAUAUAUUGGAAUUUAUACCUUUUAGCGAAUCUACAGAUUUAAAUCGUUUUAUUGGUAUAUUUGAGAAAUCUUUUGCUGAUGGAGAAAUCGUUAAGACAGAACAAUAUGAGAAAUCAUUAGAAAAUGUCGAAAAAAUCAUAGGCAAAUACGAAAGUCUCCUAAAGAAAGAACAAUCUGAAAUAUCCAAAAAUGACGAUAAGAAAAAAUCCAAAAGAAAAAAACAAGAUUCACUUGAAGAAUUAAUUGUUGCCAUCAGAAAUAACGAAGAAAGAAGAAAUCUCAAAAUUACCAAUCUCUUAACUAAUAUUGAAAUGAAAAACAAAAAUAAAAAUAAGAGAAGAAAAAAAGAAGAUUUCCCAACAGAAGAAGAAUUGAAUAAAAUCAAAAAAAAAUUAGAGGAAAAUAAAAAGAGAAAUGAACAAGCUAGAGGAAAAAAAUAA